AUGGCAUCAGGUUUGAAGAUGCAAUUCACUUGGGUUUUGGAAAAAUUCUCAUCUUUGCAAGAUGAAGAGUACCGCUACUCUCCCCCCUUCACGGUCGCCGGCUGCAAUUGGCGUCUUCUUGCUUACCCAAGAGGAGUUAUGAAUGAUCGUUCUUAUGGAUACUUUUCCGUGUAUCUUUAUCUUGCGCCUGGAUCUUUGCCACAAGGAUGGAGAAGAGAAGUCAAGUAUCGCAUCACUCUUGUCAAUGUUAACCCUCAAUGCAACAAAGUAUUAGGAGAGCAAUGCUUUCUCGAUGCAAAGGUUUAUAUCAGCGGGUUUCAAGAGUUCUUGCACCUUGACCAACUUCGUAAUAAAUGGGAAGGUUUUUUGGUGAAUGACAGGCUCACUAUCAUCGCUGAAGUAGACGUCCUACCAGUCAAUGAUGUACCACUAAAUAGCGAACCUUUGAAGAAAAUUCUGAUGGCAUCGUCUCUGAAGAGUUCGGAUGAUGAUGAUGAUGAUGAUGAUGCAUCCCAAGAGGAUGGAGAUGAUGAUGAUGCAUCCCAAGAGGAUGGAGAUGAUGAUGAUGCAUCCCAAGAGGAUAAAGAUGUUGGAGGUAGUGGCAUUAGUCCUUUGAACCAAUUGAAUGGCUUAGAGGGUCUCUCUCAUAAGGAAGAAAAUCAUGGUUGCAAUACUGUGGUGGCCGAGACUGAUCAGGUUUCCAACGGUGAAAAUGAUGAUGCAGUACUUAACGAAGAUGUUGAUGAUGAGGUUUCAUCUCUCGUUUUGAAUGAUAUUGUUGCCAGAAACGCAAGUAAUAUAUACAAAGUGUUAAUGUCCUUGGAGGAUGCCUCUCAGAGAAUGGAAACUAGUGUUAGGGGUCCUAAAACCUUGGCACCUGUUGUUACCGAGACUUGUGAUAAUGUGCUUAUGGAGAUUCAACCAGUGAAGGAAACAGUGGACAUCAAUGGUUUUGAGGUUGUUUCUUCCAAGGUGGAAUCAGUGAGACGUAUAUUCGAAAGGCACCCAGACAUUGCAGUGGAGUUUCGUGCAAAGAACCAGCAUCUGAGGAACGCGUGCAUGAACUUCCUGCUUAGCUUAAUCGAGACGAUGUGCCAGUCACUCGAGGAGCUCUCAAAUGAAGAUCUUGUCGAAUCAGACAUUGCGUUGACAUACUUGAGAGAUGCAGGGUUUAAGGUGGACUGGUUGGAGAAGAAGCUGGACAAACUAAAGGAAAAGAAGCAGGAAGAGCAGUCUGGUUUGGCCAGGCUAAAUGAAAUAGAGGAAAAUCUAAUGAUUCUGGAGAAGAAGUGGGAAGAACUGGAUGCUCUUGCGGACAAGGAGAAAAUAGAGUUGAAGGCCACUCGAACUGCUCUGUCUUUCGAUGAUCUUGUUUGAUGGCUUGAGUUGUUUUUAGGCAUUUUGGUGUUCUGAUAUUUUAUUUUCUCCUUAGUUGAACUUAUAGCUAGA